AAACAAUCCAGUACUGACUAACUUACCUGCCCUAACUAACCUUAACUGAUAUUUACCAACCAAUUGGUAUUGAUUGAUAUCUCGGUAGUUACCGGUAAGUAAUCUAUCACUCGCAUCGCUAUCAAGGUACUAUCACGGAGAAUCCCAGGUCGAUCGUAGUGCAUCGAUCCGACCGGGUUCCCCUCACGACCCCUCAAUGUCGAGUAAACAAGAUCCUAUGUGUUGGAGUAUAUCUUUCCGGGGGCGCUUCCUGUAUCCAACUCCAGCAGCUGGAUCCGGUGGGAUACUUGCCUAUGUGAUUGCGUGCGAUGAAAGAUCCGAAUGCAAUGGUAUUAUGUUUGGCGUUAUAAAGUGAUAGAUCUUGUGCUUCAGAUCUGAUCGAAAUGUGAGCCAUACUGUCCACUGAUCAACUCUUGAUCUUUACAAACGACAACCAACAAUUCUACAAUUUCCAACAACCGGGAUCUUGUUAUCACCUCAAACUCUAAGCAAAAUGCCUGCCGCAUUCACCUACAUCGCCAAAGCCCAGUCCACCUACAAGCCACCCCUCAUCGCAAACGAUAAUGCUUUCCUGGGGGACGUAGUCUCGAGUGAACACAAUGACCCCAAGAAGCCCAUCUCGGGCGGUUUCUACCGUCUGGAGAAAGGCACUCCUCUAGUCUACGAGUACCAUUUCGAUGAGACGAAGAUCAUCCUCGAGGGUGAAUUUGAGAUCUCGGACGAGACCGGACAGAAGGUUACGGCGGGUCCGGGGGAUGUCUUUUAUUUUCCGAAGGGUUCGAAGGUUACCUUCACAACGCCGUCAUACGGCUUGGCGUUUUUUACUGGACAACGGGCUCGGCUGUAACUGUGAAAUCUGACUUGCAUCUUCACGAGGGAUGGGAUUGAUUGGAUCAACUGGGUCGAUGACGACUACUUUGGUUUAUUAGAUCGCGAACUAGGACUUGCACUUUACUUUUCCCGAUUUUUUUUAAAUUUCAAAUCCAUGGAAUCAGUUUUCACUAGUCUGGUGUCCCCACUUUUUCCGUUGUGAAAUGACGUCCGUUUGUUUACCAUGGGUCUAUUC